UUCCCCCCAAAUUCUUGAGAUUAAUUAGCAUCCACUCUCAAAAUCAUAUCCACCAAACAAGUAAUCACCAUGAAACACGCUAUCCCCUGUCUCUUCAUUCUCCGUUUUCUUGUUUCAUGCACCAACAGCAAGCAACAAUCUUCGGGAAAUUAUGCGUUGGCUUGCGACAGCAGCGACGAAUCAAGGCCUUACCCUGCUUUUCUUUACACCUGCAAUGCCCAGGACUCUUCCAGCUGCCAAGCGUUUCUCUUCUUCAAAUCCCAACCCCCUUACGAUUCAGUUUCCACCAUAGCAGCUCUCACUUCAUCAACCCCAUCGGAGAUUGCCCGCAUCAACAAUGUCACCAAGCUUACAGAUUUCCCAACCGGCAAGGAGGUUAUCGUUCCACUCAACUGCUCCUGCUCCGGCCACUACUUUCAAGCCAACGCCACAUUUCAUAUUCCCACCAUCGGAUACACCUACUACAUAAUAGCCCGUGACACAUACCAGGGGCUGUCAACCUGCAACUCCCUUGAGCGUGCCAAUCCAUACAGCGAGUACAAAUUGCAGCCUGGCCUUGAGUUGCUCGUGCCCCUUCGAUGUGCUUGUCCAACAAGGAAGCAAAUUGGCGGAGACACCAAGUACCUGGUGACUUACUCAGUGGCCUGGGGUGAAACCCUCCGUAAAAUCGCUGCAAGGUUUAAUGUAAGCACAGAAAGCAUACUCGAUGCAAAUGGGUUUUCUGAAGAAAAUCCUACAAUUUUUCCUUUCACAACCGUUCUAAUUCCCUUGCCUGAACCUUCAAGUUCAAAGACCGUAAUUCACAACGCGAAGCCCGCCAUUUUACACCCACUAAGUAUGACUACCAAGGAAAACAAAGCAUCCAAGGGCGAAGUUUAUGUGGGUGCUGGAGUUGCAGCAGGCUCUUUGCUACUACUAUCAUGUGCAGUUCCAUUCACCCUGUUUUUGUUCCACAAGAAGAAAACAGGUGGGGACGGAGUUUCUCAGAGUAAUUGCCAAGAACAGGGGGAUCACUGGGCUUUGGUAAAGAAAGACCUCCUUGUGGAAAUUGCCAGCAUAGACCAAGCCCUCAGACUGAGAGUGUUUGAAUUUGAGGAACUAAAAAAGGCUACCAAUAACUUCAGCCGCAGAAACAGGAUAAAGGGUUCUGUUUUCCGUGGAGUCUUCGCUGGCAUAGUCCUAGCAGUUAAGAGAAUGGGCACGGAUGUGUCCAAGGAAGUGAACAUCCUGAACAAGAUCAACCAUUUGAAUCUGGUAAAGCUUCAAGGUGUUUGCAAACACCGUGGCUGCUUCUACCUUGUUUCCGAGUACCUGAUGAAUGGGUCUCUGAAAGAAUGGCUUCAGAAGAACAAUUCAGCCCAGGCCGAAAGCUGGACAAGGAAGAUUCAGAUUGCCCUGGAUGUUGCUAAUGGACUCCAUUAUCUUCACAGUUUUACUAACCCAGCCAUCGUGCACAAGGAUGUCACGAGCAGCAACAUUCUACUUGAUAGAAACCUAAGGGCAAAGAUUACAAAUUUUAGCCUUGCAAGAAUAAUAGUGAAGGGAACAGACAGUUCGUGUAAUGCUGCGCCAAGUUGGGUUGCAGGCACCAGAGGUUAUUUGGCACCUGAGUAUGUAAAAACAGGGCAAGUCUCUCCCAAAAUUGACGUAUAUGCUUUUGGGGUGGUGAUGUUGGAACUGAUCACAGGAAAAGAUGCUGUAUUUGUACAGGAAGGCAACAAAAUUCUGCUUUCAGCAGCAGUAGCUUCCAUCAUGGGGGGAGAAGAUGCAGAAACCAAGCUUGGUUUCUUCAUCAAUCCACCAGGUCUUGCAGAAAACAAAGGUAGGGUAUAUGCGGCAAGAAUGGCAAAUCUAAGUCUAACCUGCUUGGCACGAGAUCCGGUAAGGCGGCCAAGCAUGGCUGAGGUAGUGACUGCUCUGUUGAAAAUUGAAGUGGACGUGCAGAAAUCGGUAUCAAUGUAUUUUGAGUCUCCUUCAGAUCAAUCCACGACCUUUAGUUUCUCUGAAAUAAGUCUAGAGUAGAUGACCAAAGUUGUAGAAUACAAAAUUAUAUAUUUUCAUGUACUACUACUUUGUACCCUGCCCCUCUCUAUUCACAACUACCCUGCAGUUUCUCAAUUCUCAGAAUUAAACCAACACACACACACAUAAAAAGUGAGCUAGGUAUGAUUGAUCCCUCACCAUCGUUACAUGAAUCACAGACAACUUACUAACCAUAUCAGGAUCAAGUUCACCAGCUUAAUUUAAG